CAAACAAAACGCCCGCGGUAAUCAUCCGCGAAUGACGUUCCGCGAGCCGUGUGUGUGUGUAUGUUAUUAAACAGCAGCAGUCAGCCUGGCAGAAGCCACGAGUUCGGUGUUUAGUUCGCGAAUGAUCGCGACCGCGAAAAGGAGCUAUGGCACGCAUGCAGACGUUCUUCCCGAGUGUCGAUCGUUCCGGGUCGGAAUUUGCAGCCCAGCUGGAUGCGAUCGCGGCCACGGAACUACGUGAGGAUGAGCAGCUGCGUGGCCAAUCGCUGGCUGGGAUGCGUGAGUGGAUCCGUCAGAAUGGCCGGCUACGGCGGUGUCGGACGGAUGAGCGGUUUUUGUUGCGGUUCCUGCGUGUGAAGAAGUUCUCGGUACCGCGAGCUUGCGAGAUGUUGGAACGCUAUCUGACGAUGCGCCAGACGUACCCAAGGUGGUUCGCUCGGCUUGAUCCUGAGGAUCUUGAUCUGGCGGCGGUUCUGGACGCGUGCUGUAUGUUACCGAUCGGACGCGAUCCAGCUAGUGGACGGAUUGUGAUCUUUGGUGUGGUGCGGAACUUUGACGCUCAGAAGUACAACUCCGACACGAUGAUCCGGCUGAACAUGCUUGUGGCGGAGGCGCUUCUGGAUGAGGAACCGAACCAGAUUGCUGGGUUUACGCAUAUCUUUGAUAAUGGUGGUAUGACGAUGGCGCACGUAACGUGCUGGACGUUGGAUAACCUGGCAGGGUACUUGCGUAGUGUCAUCAACUGUGUACCGGUGCGGUUGCGCGAGAAUCACUUCGUCAGUGUGCCCACGUUCGCGGCUCAGAUCAGCAAGUACUGUUUGUCCUUUGCUAGCGAGAAGCUACGUUCCCGUAUCCACUGUCACACUACGGUGCAGGAGUUGCGCGAGCGAGUGUCCUUAGAGCUUCUUCCACAGGAGUACGGCGGCAAAGGUCCUUCUCUGAAGGUUUUGAACGAUCGCUUCCGUGAGUAUCUCGCAUCGAAGAGAACGAUGCUGCUCGAGCUGGACGAAAUGGAUAUCGACCUAAGAGAUCCCCGGGAAGCGGCCGUACACGAGGAUUCCAGUGGACUGGCUGGUGACGUAGUUGCUGAUGGUGCCGUCGGAAGCUUUCGCAAACUAUCGAUCGAUUGAUGCACCGCUUUGGGUUUGGGAUCCAUUCCAUUCCAGCGGCCUUUUUCGAUCACCUACAGGUAUCUCCGCAACGCCCGGUGCAGCUUAUCUUAUCUUCUGCGUAGUAUAGCAAGCGAACAAAAUCAAACAAUAACCCACAACCUGCGCAACAGCACCGUGAAGGAGACGCCGAGCUUUGCUCUUUGCUCUCGGCGUCCAAUUUGGGAUCUCGUUUAGUCACGGAGCUGCUCCCGAACCACUUCGGGGUGACGUAAAGAACAGCAAAUGACAGUGGUGAUGAAUCGAUGAACAACAAAAAAUAAGUGAGCAAAAUCCCAUUAGCACAGCUCGUAACAUCGGUGCCGUUACACUGAAACACAGGAGAAAUAGGCAAUAGAAUGAGCAGACGAUAAACGAUCGCGCUGUAUGCAAUUGAUUCUAGCGUGUGCUGCGAACGAUGUUGGUUUGCAUGAGUUGGCAGAAGCGGCAAACAGCGCUGCCGGUUGUUUUAUUUGUUCGGUUAGUGACGUAAAGGGGUUAGAUGUAGUAAGAAGCAGCUGAAAUGAGCUGAUAUGUGAGUAUUUUAAAAUCGGUAAAGCUUAAAGCAAAGGGGUACUUGCUUUCCUACCAGUAUUAUAAGCAUGGUUGAAUGGUCUUGUAUUUUAAACGCAAAUAUACAUAUUAUAA